GAACUAGGAAGUGGGGUUUUGAUCUGACAACAAUUUUUGAUAAGGUAUCAUGAUGUGAUUUCUUUCAUCUCAGGUGGCUCAAAGGAAUGUUUAUAUCUUUCGUGCGUGCUUUUAAUGCUAAUGGCUCUAAUAAAUAAAUGUGUAUGACUAUGAUUCAGUCUCUGCAGUUAAGUUGCGUACAAAGAGGUUAUAUUUAAAAGGUCCUAUUAUACAAGUAAGAGACUUUAUAGUGGCACUUCUGUUUGCUGGCCAAACAGUUAAACUAGCCGAUAACAAGCUUGUAGAGCAAUUAAACGCUUGGUGAAAAUCAAUUGCUGGUUGCCUGAAAUGUGGUUCGAAGACUGCAUACAUAAAUACUGAAAUAGUAUCGCUAGCCUUUAGGGUGGACAUAUUUAUUUACAGCAGUCGGGCCAAACACUGUUUGUCAUCUGUGAGAAUAGUCGAAGUAAGAGCAGUGCACGAAGAUUUAUCUGUGGUAGGCAACUGGACGGAACUCAGCGACAUGUCAGGAUGUAUCUUUGAAUGUGUAAUAAUUGCACAAACCAGUUUGCGGAGGUAUCAAUUCAUAUGCCUGGAGGUUGGCAAAUAGUAUCUCUGAUACUUCUCUUGGCCUUUGUCGCACCCUGGGAUUGCUCAUCUAUCAUCUGAUCUAGAUGUUGUCGUACGUUACCACCUUAUCUGGCAGCUUAUCUCAAAUUCAAUAAGAGCCUGAGAUAAAUAACUACAUUUUAUAUACCUGUAUGAAACAGCAACGGCUUAUAGCGGUAAGUUAACGAAGUAGAUUUUUGUGGCACAACAUCCCUGUGAUCCACACAGUUGGAUCAUGGACAGCUUCCCGGUGCAACGAUACGAAGCUAAGAUCGAAGGCUUCGACUCGUGUAUGAUAGAAGCUGCUGGCCAGCAACAACAACGAGAUUUGACACAGACUGUUGGUGAUCAAACACCGACUCAAGUUGAGAAUCAUGGAAAUGAAGAAAGUCCAACAAUACAUCAACAACAGCAGCAACAACAACAACAGCAACAGACAGCGCAGAUUACACCACUUCAAUCUAAUCCUCAGCAAAACAUGACCCUUACCCCGGUUCGAUUACCAGCCAUUUUGGAUGGGGAAUUUUUUACGGUGAUACGGAUCGAAGGCACUAAUGUAACGGUGCGGUGUUUGCAAUGCCAGAAGUUGCUCAAUGGAAAUCUAAAAUCAACGGGAAACUUUCUUAGCCAUAUAAAAAGAGUCCAUCCAUUCAUGAUUGAUAAGAUUAAGUGCAAAUCGAAUCAGAGAAAGCCAGCAAUGGUGUACAUAGACUUAUCUGCAGACAACUGUCCCGAAAUAGUGAGGACGAAGCGUGGAUACAGAAAGUGCUAUAAAGCGGAGGAAUGUCUGCCUGGAGGUGAGGAGUCUUGCGAACAACAAACUGAUUGGGUGGAGCCUCCAAUAAUACGUAGAAGACGGUCAGAAGAUGCCGAAUGCGGUGACCUCUUGAAAGUCUCUCAUAAUAAUUCAUUUGUCGUGGAAGACGAAUUUGAUGCAAUUGGUCGAAACGUUGCUGCAAAGUUGCGCAAUAUGAGACUGGAUCAAAGAAUCAUAGCAGAGAAAUUAUUGAAUGACAUUUUGUUCGAGGCUCAACUUGGCAAUCUCCACAGAGACUCUAAUAUUCAUGUUUGAGAUCAGAAUUCUGUUACCCCGAUUUGUAAUUCGGUAAUUUUUGUUUCAUGGAGUUCCUGGCAAUGAUGCAUGUAAAUUAUUGACAGUUAAAUUGCCCGUGAUGCAUCAUAACUAUUGUAUGAAAUAGUUUAUGACAAAGGGGAACAUUACAUCAAAUAUCUUCCUAAGUCACAAAAAGCAACAUAAGCUGAAUCGUGCAUAGUGACAUUUCAUGUACAAAGUUAAACGAGAGAGGCGGUCCGUGCUCGUUUCGAGUUAUUUUAAUAAUCGUGUAAAACAAUACAUGAGCAGUGACUUUUAUAUUGUAUAUAGUACAUUACAAUUCUGUACAUACUAUUAAGUAAAAUAACAUUUUUUAUCGGUACGAUAAAAAGAGACUGCUGCCAGAUUUAGUAACUAAAUUUACAAGUCUUUUUUCGGCGGAUCUUUUGCAUAAGCUUACAUCUGGUGUUUACUAUAUGAACGGUUAGAUAACAAAUAAAUAUCUAAAUAUGAACACAUACAGCA